CAGAGCAAGAAGCAGCCAGGAUGUUUGAACAGGCUUGUGGUCACUCACGAUAUCCUUGCCGUUUUCAAGAUCCUGUGGCUGCUGCUCAGGUGGUCAUUCCUCAUCGACUCUUUGCUCCUUGGUGCCUUAAGGAAUCUUGUGAGAAAGUUCUCCUACAGCUGAUUCCUCAGUGCCUCUCAGCAGCUUAUGCUCUGCUUGGUACCCAUCCCUUUUCCAGACUUGAUGUCUUGAUUGUUCCAUCCAACUUUUCCAGUCUUGGAAUGGCAAGCCCUCACAUCAUCUUCCUGUCGCAGAGCACAUUACCUGGAGGGAACCACCUCUGUGGAACACGCCUGUGCCAUGAAAUUGCCCAUGCCUGGUUUGGCUUGGCCAUUGGAGCGCGUGACUGGACUGAAGAAUGGCUAAGUGAAGGAUUUGCCACUCACUUAGAAGACGCCUUUUGGUCAGCAGCCCAGCAGCUGCCGGUUGAUGAAGCGAAAGAGCAACAGGAUCUGAAAGCUUUGCUCCGUUGGCAACGACUUAGGGAUGAGGUUCAGAACUCUGAAGAAGAUCUGCAAGUAUUACGGCCCAACAAAGAGAACACUGGCAAAGUGUGUGAAUCUGGAGCAUCUGUAAUUAAACAUGGCCUUAAUGCUGGAAAGACCUUCCUACAGGUUCACUACUUGAAGGGUUAUUUCCUUCUGCGGUCUUUUGCUGGAAAAGCUGGAGACGCUGCAUAUUUUGCCUUUUUAAGAAAAUUUGUGCGGGACUUUCACGGACAACUGAUACUCUCUCAGGACUUUCUUCACUUGUUACUGAAGGACAUCCCAGAGUUAACAGGGUAUGGCCUAUCAGUUGAAAACAUCUUCCAGACGUGGCUUGACUGUUCAGGAAUCCCGAAGCCUUUGCUGGAAGAAAGUCAGGCGUGGCAAGAGUGUCGACUAGCCCAGCAAGUGAAUGAGGAGGUCCCAAAAUGGAUUCAAGUAAAUCAGAGAGCCAGAAAAAGAAGCAAAAAGAAAAGGCGACGCAAGGAAGACGUGUUCCAAAAGCUUCUCCCAGACCAGCUGGUCUUAGUUUUGGAGCAUCUCUUGGAGAAGAAGACAUUAUGUUCAAAAACGUUGGAGUGUUUACAGAAAACUUACCACCUCCGUGAGCAGGAUGCCGAGGUUCGACAUCGAUGGUGUGAACUUGUUAUUAAACACAAAUAUAUAUCAGGGUAUGGUGAUGUUGAGAAAUUCCUCAAGGAAGACCAGGCAAUGGGUGUCUACUUGUAUGGAGAAUUAAUGCUGAAUGAGGAUGCAAAACAACAGGAGCUUGCAUAUAAAAGUUUUGCCACAGUCCGUGACCAAAUGGAUGUGUCCUCAGCUAAAAUAGUGACAGAGAUGUUAUUUUGAUGAGGUGACUUUUUCCAGAUAGUUAAAGCCUCAGGCUGUGUUUAAGGAAGUAAUGUACUGAAUGUGUAUGUGAAUGAACAAAUAAAUAAGUUUGUCAAGACCAAAGUCCACUUGCCAGAAUAAAGUUGUCAUAAACACGCAGCAAUAAGAUCAUAAAAUGGUACAAUCAUGUGUCAUAAAAUUAAUCGCUAUAUUUCAGUACAGAUUGAUGAUGCAUCCUUACUGCUUUAUGGCAAAGUA